CACUAAAUAAGCAGAGUAAUAGUUUUUUUUUUGUAAAAAUAAGAACGGUGGCCAAGCGAGCACGGCUCUCUUGGUGACGUCACACGGUUCAGGUCUGCCACUUGAUAGCUAACAACAACACAAGGGUCCCGGCAAGCUAGCGAGCUUAAAACAACAGGGGCGAACCGCGUCCGGUUCUGCUGCAGAUGGACUGUCGGACCGAGCGCUGAGUACGUGCCGUCAGCGCUUUCCUCCUUCAGUCGAGAACCGACACCUUCCGUCACGCUGGCAAUGUCAAGAGUUCCGAGUCCCCCUCCCCCGGCGGAAAUGUCCAGCGGGCCUGUGGCUGAGAGCUGGUGCUACACGCAGAUCAAAGUAGUGAAGUUCUCGUACAUGUGGACCAUCAACAACUUCAGCUUCUGCCGCGAGGAGAUGGGCGAGGUCAUCAAGAGCUCCACCUUCUCUUCGGGGGCCAAUGACAAGCUGAAGUGGUGUUUGCGUGUGAACCCCAAAGGCCUGGACGAGGAGAGCAAAGACUACUUGUCUCUCUACCUGCUGCUGGUCAGCUGUCCAAAGGCCGAGGUCCGAGCCAAGUUCAAGUUCUCCAUCCUCAACGCCAAGGGCGAGGAGACCAAAGCCAUGGAAAGCCAGAGGGCGUAUCGUUUUGUGCAGGGGAAAGACUGGGGAUUUAAAAAGUUCAUCCGGAGAGACUUCCUCCUCGACGAAGCCAACGGUCUCCUGCCAGAUGACAAGCUCACACUUUUCUGUGAGGUGAGCGUGGUGCAGGAUUCGGUCAACAUCUCCGGCCAGAACACCAUGAACAUGGUGAAGGUUCCCGACUGCCGACUCGCCGACGAACUGGGCGGCUUGUGGGAGAACUCGCGCUUCACCGACUGUUCUCUGUGUGUGGCUGGCCAAGAGUUCCAGGCCCACAAAGCCAUCCUGGCAGCGCGCUCGCCCGUGUUCAGCGCUAUGUUUGAACACGAGAUGGAAGAGAGCAAAAAGAACCGGGUGGAAAUCAACGACGUCGAGCCCGAGGUCUUCAAAGAGAUGAUGUGCUUCAUCUACACCGACAGAGCUCCCAACCUCGACAAGAUGGCCGACGACCUGCUCGCCGCAGCCGACAAAUACGCUCUGGAGAGAUUGAAGGUCAUGUGCGAGGACGCGCUGUGCACCAGCCUGUCGGUGGACAACGCGGCCGAGAUCCUCAUCCUGGCCGACCUGCACAGCGCCGACCAGCUCAAAACGCAGGCGGUCGACUUCAUCAACUACCACGCCGCGGAGGUGAUGGAGACGGCGGGCUGGAAGUCCAUGGUGGAGUCUCAUCCUCACCUGGUGGCCGAAGCGUACCGCUCGCUGGCCUCGGCCCAGUGCCCCUUCCUCGGACCGCCGCGCAAGCGCCUCAAACAAUCCUAACGGGCCGAGCCGCUUUCUACGCAUCACACAACUGUCCCCCGAACGGCCACAAAAAUGGAGAACCUUUUGCCCCUUUUUUGCUGUUACUACACUACCUACAGCCUCUACCCUGAGCUCCCCCUUCUGAAACCAUACCCCCCCCCCCCCCCCACACACACCCCUCCAAUCCAGAACCUGCUGUAUUUUAGUCCCUUCUAAUGAUGGAGGGAAGAGCGAGGAGGAGGAGGAGGAGGGGGGAGGAGAGCCAAGUGGAUAUUUGUCGUUUACAGAAAAACAAACCUGCACUUUCCUCUGUGGCUAGUGCUGUACAACGUUGCGCUCUUGUCCCCCCUGACCCCCCAUUUGUGAAGACUGGAAUCCUUCAACAACCUGCUCGUGUGGAAAGCGGACGCCGAGCGCACGUAUAAGGUCUUGAACAUUUGGUCUUAUUUGUGUUUGGUGAGCAGGCCGUGGAGGACAUGAGGAAGGAUGACAUGAGAGAAGCCAGAUGAACGGCAACCAAAGGGCUCGUCAAAUGUGGGAAAAUUGCACUAAAAAAAAAAAGAAAAUCCACAGGCUGCCCCCUUAACAAUCAGCAGUAAAGUUGGAACUACUGUCGGGAAAGCACAUGGACUAACGGAACAUGCAGGACAAGUAUACCCUUUAAAGAUGCUUUAUCGGCGACUUCUGUGACGAUUUUAUUUUUCCAAACAAAAGGCAGUUAAAACGCCAUUGAAUAGCACCACACGACUGGAUGUCACCGUGCACCUGUGGGCCUUGAGAGCAAAUCGGACUCAAGGUCUCAACGUUCAAAACGAUGUUCAUGCAUGCACGUGCAGCAUCCCCCCCCCCCCCAAUUGUUUUUGAGAUUUUAUACCAACGCUCAACAUUAUUUUUCUUUAUGGGCUUGUUGAUGGAGGGCCAUUUAAAAUGAAAUGAACACGUUUUAAUGUUCAAUUGUGACCUGAAUGUGAAAGAAAAAGAAAAAAAAAGCAACAACCCAUGAAAUACCUAAAUUGUUCUUUGCCAGUGAGAGGAAAAGUGCUCAAUGAAUUAAGAAGGAACCAUCGUUGUUUAUUUCCUGUAGAUAUUGUUGCUUUAUGAGAAGUGACACUUAGUUGUUGCCAUUUUUUUGUUCCCCAAAGAAUAAACCAUAACUAUUUUGUAUUGAA